AUGCAGUUGCUCUCUCUUCUAGCCCUUACUGGGCUCGCCAGCGCCAUCAACACCCAGGGUUCCCGCGGUGCUGCGCUCGAGCGAAAGGGCAUCAAGCUCCCGCAGAGGAGCCCCACGAAGCACGCUGCGCCGCAUGUGAAACGCGAUGGCACCACCAUCAUUCCGCAGAAUGAGAAGACUGCGAAAUACGUGGUGAACGGCACGGCGGGAGCGAUCCCCGAGGUCGACUUCGACAUUGGCGAGAGCUACGCUGGUCUGAUGCCCAUCAGCGACAAGGCGAAUGAGACGGACCAGCUUUACUUCUGGUUCUUCCCGAGCGCCAACGAGGAUGCUGGUGAUGAGAUUACCAUCUGGCUGAACGGCGGCCCCGGCUGCUCUUCUCUUGAAGGCUUCCUCCAGGAAAACGGUCCCAUCUCAUGGCAGUACGGAACUCCAAAGCCUGUGUACAACCCAUGGAACUGGGCGAACCUUACCAACAUGGUUUGGGUCGAGCAGCCUGUCGGUACUGGCUUCAGUCAAGGUAAACCAACCGCGAGCAGCGAAGAGGAGGUUGCGGCGCAGUUCGCGGGCUUCUGGAAGAACUUCGUCGACACUUUCGAUCUGUGCGGACGAAAAGUGUACAUUGCUGGCGAAUCCUACGCUGGCAAGUACAUUCCUUACAUUGCGAAUGAGUUUUUGGACCAGGAGGACAAAGAGUACUACGAUGUGAAGGGUCUUAUGAUCUACGACCCAUCUGUUGCCGCCGACACUCUGCUCGAGGAUAUCCCAGCCGUCCCCUUCGUUGACCGGUGGUCUGGCCUCUUCAACCUCAACCAGUCCUUUACGGCUGAUAUUCACGAGCGCGCUGACAAGUGCGGCUACACCGACUACAUGGAGAAAUACCUCACUUUCCCUCCAGUCAGCAAGUUGCCCACUCCCAACAUGACCAACCAAGACGAUGGGUGCGCUAUCUGGAGUGACAUCAUGGCCGCUGUGAUGCUCACCAACCCCUGCUUCGACGUCUACCAGGUGGCUACCACUUGCCCGCUCCUAUGGGAUCAGCUUGGUUUCCCUGGCUCUUUCGACUACCUCCCAGAGGGCCAGCAGAUCUACUUCAACCGCACCGAUGUGCAGAAGGCUAUCAAUGCGCCCGUCCAGCCCUGGGCAGAGUGCCAGACUGCUCUCGAGACCGACACUUCUGUCGACUCUUCUUGGGUUGUUCUCCCGCGUGCCAUCGAUGCGCUUGACCGUACCGUCAUUGUCCACGGCGACCUCGACUUCAUCCUCUUGUACAACGGAACCCUCAUGACCAUCCAGAACAUGACCUUUGGCGGACAGCAGGGUUUCCAGCAAGCGCCGUCGGAUGCCUUCUAUGUCCCUUACCACGAAGAUUACAGCUACGAGAGCCUAAGCGCCAGCGGCGUCAUGGGCAUCACGCACACGGAGCGCAAGCUCACCUGGGUGCAGCAGGCGCUCUCCGGACACAUGGUGCCCCAAUACCAGCCUAGCAGCGGCUACAGGCAGCUCGAGUUCUUGCUCGGCCGCGUUGACAGCUUGAGCUCCAGGGACCCCUUCUCCACACAAAAGUGGGUGGAGCAGCCGCAGGCCAAUGCUACCGACCUCAAGGUUCCGGGCGUCAAGCCGCGCAGCAACAGCAUGAGGAUGCCGAGGAUGUACUAG